GUGCCCAUUGGCGCUUGCCUUGUCUCAGCCGAAGGCAAGAUACUUGGCCAGGGACAUAAUAUGCGUAUUCAGAAAGGCAGUGCUACUCUGCAUGCAGAGAUUUCCGCUUUGGAGAAUGCAGGACGCCUUCCGGCCUCAGUUUACCAAGGUGCAACCAUGUACACCAGUCUUUCACCCUGUGACAUGUGCACCGGUGCAUGUGUGAUGUACAAGGUCAAGCGAGUCGUCAUUGGAGAGAACAGGACGUUUGUUGGCGGCGAAGAGUAUCUGAAGAGCAAGGGCAUCGAGGUUGUGGUGCUGCAGGACGAGGAGUGCCAGUUGCUGAUGCAGAAAUUUAUCAAGGAAAAGCCCGGAGACUGGAAUGAGGAUAUUGGAGAAGACGAAUAAGUUCUGCGCGCUCUCUGGCUGCAGAUCUGUCAUGUGUGGUAUUAUGUCGUCAGCCUAUGAAUCUCCUCGAAGUAGAACUUCAGAUCGUCCGGCUUGACAAACGGUGUGAUGCCAUGACCGAGAUUGGCGAUCCAACCCUUCUUUCCUCCACCAAAUCCAGCGACCAUGUUCUCGACCACCUUUGUAAUCGACUCGUGGCUGCCGUACAGGAUGCCUGGGUCCGCAUUGCCUUGCAGGACCUUGCCCUUUGACUGUGCCAAUUGAUAGGCCUCAGCUGGGUCAUGGAGCCAGUCUAAACCAAUG